AUGGCCCUACCCCGGAAGCGCAAGCCGGCUAAGGCAGGAAGUGGGGCUGGGAGUCGUGGACGGCGUGACAUUCAGCGGCGGGGACUGGGAGCCUGUGCGCUGGGCGUCAUGUUGCGGUGCCGGAGGAUCGUGGGCUCCGCGUUGCCUCGGCGACAGGUACUGAGGGCGGCGAAAGGGGCUGAGCAACCCCAUGCAGGGUUUCGGUGCGAUAGGAGAACGAGAAGCCUCGUUGCCUGCCUGGGCAGGAUCCCCAAUGGGGACGGUACUCGAAAGUUUGCUUUUCUAAAAAUAGAGUUGAAUGGCAGACAGAAAACCUGCAGGUGAAGCUUCUGGAGGGCGGAGCCUCACCGUACAUUUAAAAACACAUGGCUUCAUUUAUGGCAACUGUAUUUGCACACACACAUCCUAACAGAACUACAGUUUCCAGGGUCCUUAGCAAACCCAGGAUUCUCGGGGGUGCGAGCCACGCACAUUUAAUAUAUGGUGUCCCUGCAGCAUUAAGGGAAAUCCUCCUUGGUAUUCCGCCUGCCUGUUCGUUCGUUCCUUACAUUUAUAUUGGCCACCCACCAGUAAAGAUUCCUUGGGGUAACUUGCGAUAAAGUUGCAUUUGGAAGAUAACAUUGGUACAGUGGUACCUUGGGUUACAUACGCUUCAGGUUACAGACUCCGCUAACCCAGAAAUAGUACCUCGGGUUAAGAACUUUGCUUCAGGAUGAGAACAGAAAUUGUGCUCCUGCGGCGCGGUGGCAGCGGGAGGCCCCAUUAGCUAAAGUGGUGCUUCAGGUUAAGAACAGACCUCUGGAACGAAUUAAGUUCUUAACCUGCGGUACUAAUGUAUUAGAAUUGACAGUAAACUAUAAAAGAUGGGGUGGGGGGAACCAACCACUUCUUUACAGCAGAGGAAACUGCUGCUGAGAUACAGUGGUACCUCGCAAGACGAAUGCCUCACAAGACAAAAAACUCGCUAGACGAAAGGGUUUUUUGUUUUUUGAGCUGCUUCGCAAGACGAUUUUCGCUAUGGGCUUGCUUUGCAAGAGGGAAACGUCUUGCAAGGUUGUUUCCUUUUUCUUAGCACCGUUAAUACAGUUGUGACUUGACUUCGAGGAGCAACUCAUAGAACGCCUUUUUUGAGGUUUUUAAAGACUUUGGUGAUUUUUGAAGCUUUUCCAAAACUUUCCCGACACCAUGCUUCACAAGACGAAAAAAAUCGCAAGACGACAAAACUCGUGGAACGAAUUAAUUUCGUCUUGCGAGGCACCACUGUAAUGCAACCCAGGAUAGACAAAUGAAAGUCAUUCUUCACACAGCAGAUAGUUAAAUUAUGGAGUUUGCUCCCACAGGAUGUGGUGAUGGCCAUCAGCCUGGACGGCUUUCAAAGAGGAUUAGACAACUUCAUGGAGGAUAAGGUUUGCCAUGGCUACUAGUCAUGGUGGCUGUGCUCUGCCUUCACCAUGUUCUACCUUCACUGCCAGAGGCUGUAUGCCUCUGGAUACCAGUUGCUGGGAGUCACGACUGAAGAGAGCGCUGCUGCACUCCAGGUUCUGCUUGUGGAUUUCCCAUAGGCAUCUGAUUGGCCGCUGUAAGAACAGGGUGUUGGAUUAGAUGGGCCUUUGGCCUGAUCCAGCAGGGCUUUUCUUGCAUUCUUAAUAUAGGGCUUACAGGAGUAAGUCCUGUUGAAUUCAAUGUUUGAUUUGACCUUAGAUUUUGAAUUUGAUGGGGCUUCCUCCCAGCCCAAGUAAGUGGUCUUAGGAUUGCAGUCUUAUUAAACCUCCUCAACCCAUGUUGAACACUUCUUUCAGUGCCGGAUUUACAUAUAAGCUAAACAAGCUAUAGCUUAGGGCCCCACUCUCUUGGGGGCCCCUAAAAAUUUAAAAGGAAAAAACCUGGAUGUACAUUUCCAAAAUGUAAGAUAAAAAACAAAUAAAACCUACAUACAGAAACAGUGGCAAAUGGCUUUAGAUACCUAUUAGGUCCAUAAAUUACCAUAUAGCAUAUAUUCAACACAAAAAACAGCGGCAAUUUGUUGUUGACAAAGGGCAGCUGGACAUAUAAAGGGCCCCAUUACCUUCAGUAGCUUAGGGCCUCAUCAAACCUAAAUCCGGCCCUGACUUGUUUACAUUAAACUAAAUUAUUGCCUCUUGUAUGGGUGAAGGAUGUAAGUCAGCUACUUGCAUAGCACUCUGUUAAUGAAUGUUGGAAGUCUUGACUUCAGAAUACUCUAACCCCAGUUCUUGUAGAAAAUAAACAUUUUGUUUUAGUUAUCAUAAAUCUUGGGAGUAUCAUACAUAUUCAGCCCAGAAUACUAUAACUUUAAGAAUCUUAAAACUCAGGAUAUUGUGUCAAUUACUAUAAGGGUUGGAAGUUAAACAUGAACAUGUUCUAACAAUUAGAACACUACUAGAGUAGCUAGAAAGUUAUUACUAUUUUAAUUGGUAUUGUUAGGUGGACACAAGGGAGUACAAAUAUAGACAGAUACUGUAGCUAUUAAUUUUGUCACUGCAGGAAGUAAAACAGGUGACACUGGAAAGUAUGGUAUUUAAGAAAGAUCAUUGAGGGAGAGACAAAGGCGGCUGGUCCCUCAACAAAGAUGGUGGAGUAGCCCUUCUCCUCUCUUCCUCCGCAACUUGGUGGAAUAUCGCCUUCCAAACAGAAUGAUCCUCCCUCCUUCUGUGUCCUGUUCUGGGGGUUCUCUCAAUCCCCCAAAACCAAUUCAGGGGGCAAAGUGGGGAAUCCCUUUUGUAGAAGUAACACCAUUUGUUAAAUGAAUCCUAGCAAUAAUACUGACAGUUUUUCUGUAUUGCACUUACUGUUGUCUUGUGUGUUGUAAUCUUUUGCAAUAACAUUCCACCCCAUUUUUGUAUUUCAGCUGUUUUUUAAUAGCUGCAGAUGGUGCUCUUCAGGAAUUAUUCCCAAUGAAAAGAUCCGCAACAUAGGAAUUUCUGCACACAUUGACUCUGGAAAGACUACGUUAACUGAGCGCAUUCUUUUCUACACAGGAAGGAUAGCACAAAUGCACGAGGUACUUCUGAAUGUGAUCAGAGAGGAGGGGAACUCUCCAGAGCAGAAUAAGCAAAGAGCAGAUUUGGAGGGAGCACAGGGGGUUGCAGAGGGGAAGAAGGGAAGGGAAAGCCCUGUUGUGCAAGUGGGAGUCUACUUGUGUGAUGUUUGAUUUGACCUUAAAUUUUGAUCUGUAAUUGGGCAGUAAAGCAUCUCGGAGCAGAUCCUUCCCUUGUACAAGAGGACACAGGUGUACAAGCAGAAAUGCACUGACUUGCAGAAAUAUUGAUAUGCUUUCUUUCACCUUAGGUAAAAGGGAAAGAUGGGGUUGGUGCUGUCAUGGAUUCAAUGGAGUUGGAACGACAACGGGGGAUCACUAUUCAGUCUGCAGCAACUUUUACCAUGUGGAAAGACACCAACAUUAAUAUAAUUGACACCCCAGGUAAUAGUCAUGUAGGGUACUAAAUACGUUUCUAGCAUUUGUAUGCCUGGCAUGAUAAACAUACCCAAGUGUUAAGAGUGUAUAAUUUUUACUCAUAGCCAAAAUGACAUCUGCUUUGUAAAUUGCUUUCUAAGGCUGAAGGCCUAAGCUCUACUCCCUUCCCACUGGGCUUUUUGGAGCACCAUCACAGGUGCAGCGCAGCCACUCAGUGGCCACAGAGGAAGUGGGGCAGGGCAGUUGGGCCUGAUCUCUGUGCCAUUUCCAGGUUGGCUCAGUGAUAGUGGCCUUUGUCAGUGCCUGAUGGCAGUAAGACCAGCUCAGGUCUCGCCCUUAAACACCCUGUUAUUUUGACAGCAUGUUUGAUGGCUGGUGGGAGGCUGAUUCAACUGGUAGAGGUGAGAGAAGAGAAAUGUCUUCUUAACCCAACGCCACCAUCUCCUACAGCCCAGUGUAAAGGGGAUUUAAAUAGCUUUGCUUUCACCUGUUCAGUAAAUGCUGCCUGAAAUUCUGUUGUGUAAGGUUCUUCAAAGCAAAUGUAUGAAAUGAAACUUGGAACUAGUCCUAUUACAACUGACUUGUAAAAUCCCUAAUCUUGAUAGCCUGGUUGUGUUGGACAUAGUGCAUAGUCCUUAGGGCAUAACAUAGCCUUCCCCAACCUGAUGCCCUCUGUAUGUUUUUGACUGCAACUCCCACCAGGCCCAGACAGCAGGAAAGAGAACCAAAUGCCGCAGCAAUUCUCAGCUAGUUGGAAGCCUUAACGUUCCUGGAUCUUUUUACUUCCCUUUCAGGACAUGUUGAUUUCACUAUAGAGGUAGAGAGAUCACUGAGAGUUCUUGAUGGAGCCGUCCUGGUGCUGUGUGCUGUCGGAGGGGUUCAGUGCCAGACAAUGACGGUGAAUAGGCAGAUGAAGCGGUAUAAUGUCCCGUUUUUGUCCUUCAUCAACAAACUGGAUCGAAUGGGUGCAAGUCCAGACAGAGCCGUCCAACAACUUAGGUAUGAACAUCUCAGUUAGAAUUCCUCCCCCCAGCCCCCUGCCCAUAUCAGAGAGGAAGAUGGAAAAUCUUUCUAGAAACAAUGUCAAAAGAUGUGUGUCUUCAGUGUAUUGUUCUGGGCUGCCAUCCUUCUUAAAGGUUAGGUGGGUAACGUGGUCAACAUUGAGUGUCACAUAUGAAAUGUUGACGGAUCCUUGCUAACUAAAUUCUUUAAUAGCUUACAUCAGCUUUCCCCACCCUGGUGACCUCCAAAUCUUUUGUGGAAGGACCUCCCCAGGGAGUUUCUGCUGGCGCCUUUAGUAUACAGCUUUAGGCAUCAGGCGAAAACAUUCCUCUUCAGCCAGGUCUUUGACUGAUUAAUGUCCGAUACCCUUUUAAAUGUGGUGGUGGUGGUAAUCAGUUUGCUUUUGUUCUUAUUUUUAUUAUGUAUUUUGUGUUUUUUAUCUUGUACUUUUAUGCUGUGAACUGCCCUGAGAUAUACAGAUGAAGGGCAGUAUACAGAUUUAAUAAAUCAUCAUCAUCUUUUGGAUUAUAAUUCCCCCCCAGCCUCAGGCAGGACUGCCAGUGGUCAGGAAUGAUGGGAGUUAAGGUCCAAAACAUUUGGAGGGUACCAGAUUGGGAAAGGCUGGCUUAGAUGUACGAAGUGGGUACCAGACCUCACCCCCUGAGCCUUUGCCCUUCUACCUUACUCAUACUAGAGACUUAGAUGUUUGAUGUUGUUCCUUGUAUGACAUUUUAUUUUCUGGCCCAGCGUGGGUUGUGGUGUCCCCAUAUACAUGCAGAAUCCUGCUACCACCAGAAGGUAGUCGGUCCAAAAAGGUGCAUUCUAAAUCUUGAGAUGAUUUGUCUGUCUUUUCUAAAGUUCUGUUAUGGCAACUGGCCUUCCUUACCUUUUGAUCUAGAGCCUUAUCAGGGCCUCCCCUUCAGAUCUUCAUGGGCAGAUGGACUUGUAUGUGGAGAAGCAGUUCUUUAGAGCUGGAAAUGCUGUCUUAAGAGAAUUGUAUUUGUUUUUAACUUCACAGAUCCAAGUUGAACCACAAUGCUGCCUUUAUUCAGAUACCUAUGGGUUUGGAGGGAAAUUUCAGAGGGAUCAUUGAUCUCAUUGAAGAAAAAGCUAUAUACUUUGAAGGUGACUUUGGGUAAGGGUUUUGAGCAGUUUGAAAUACGGAGGCAUUUUACAUCUGAUCAUGCUUUGGGAGUAGUGUGUUGUUGUUUUAUAAGAAGUAUAAUUUAGUGUUUUAGUUACUGAGGAAGAAUUAGUUUUGAUUAGUAUAGCCAUAACACACCUCAUCUCGUAAGUAUAACACAAUCCUCCCCACCAUGCCUCUCUAUUCAAAUUUUCUCAGCUGCUAAUAACCAUAAAUGAAGGUAAUGUUGCCACCAUAGCUAUUGCAGCCCCGGGUUCCUGUCUUAACAGAAUUUGAAGCAAGUUAGUAAACCCUGUUUUAUUAAGGAAGCCUUGUUUGCUGUAACCAUGGUUCAGUUUGUACAGGGCUGUGGCUGUCGGGGCUUUUUAGGUGAAUAUGUUUGGCUGUGGAUUUGCACAGCAAAUGACCCUUGGGUCAUAUUCAUUAUGUGUGAAUUCUGUGGAAGAGGAAAGGUGAUAAUUGCAUGGCAGACAGGCAAUUAAAUAUGCUUUGCUCUUAUUGUGGGAGAGUUUAGUCAUGCAAUCACCAUCUUGCCUUGGGUGGACAAAAUUCAUAUAAUAAAAGUUAACUCCAGGCUGGCCUUUGAAUCUCUGGUAUGUGAAAAUACUCAGGGAUCCUGCACCUUUGCAGGAAGCUGCAGUGAGAGAUUUACAGUUCAUUCCUUAACAUGUCUAUUGAGAAGAAAGUGGGGCUUACUCCCUGGUAAAGCGAGUGAAGCCUUUCAGCUUUAAUAUUGGUUCUUUUGAGUGGAAAAAGAUUUCAUUGGCCAUUUUGUCUUCACAUUUGUUUGCUCAUAAGGCAGAGUGACAUUUUCAUAGGGGAAUGAGAAUUGAAUAGGAAUUGAAAUAUAAAUAUGAUCAUAUUUAUACCCUCAAACAGCAGUUGCUCAACUGGAGCUAUAACUUUGCUCUAUCCAGCAUGGGUUUAAAAAAUGUAAAUGUAUCUGUGAUUCCUUCUGCGUAAGAUGGCUAAGUGAGCCUCUUUCUAGGAGAACAGUGUUUGUCACAGGAACAACCCAUCCAAGAGUGUCAUAUUUAUAUGGAUCUUUGUGUACACCUGAAAUUAUUGUGAACUCAACACGACAGAGCAUUAAGAGAAAAAUGUCCAUUAUUUGAAAAACAUCCAGCAAUCUUGGUUUUAUUGUAUCCUUAUGAUCUCAAUCCUGGUUUACACCCCACAAUUUUAAAGGCACAUAGGAUUAUAGCCUUUGUGAAUAUUAUUAGACAGAAGGUACAAGGGGUCCAAUUUUAAAUCAAAUGUGUAUUAUUGCUAGCAGAGCUUUGUUGCUAGAUUUGCAGGUGUAAAAAGAACUGAAAAUGUGUCACUCAUGAGAGCGGAAUAAAUUGAUGGUUGUGGUUCUCACUGAAGCCCACAGGAGCAUGUGAGAUUUCUAACAUUUCUAGUUGGUUGGCUUCUGAUGGUCUGCUUGUUUUCUCUGCUUCUGUAGCCAAACGGUUAAAUAUGAUGACAUUCCCCCUGAGUUCAGAGCAGAGUCUACCGAUCGCCGCCAGGAACUGGUUGAAUGUGUUGCAAACUUAGACGAACAGAUUGGGGAGCUUUUUCUUGAAGAGAAAAUCCCAACAGUCACUGACUUGAAGGUAAAGGGACUUCAGUUCUCUCCCCAUUGCCUGAAGGAUUGCCCAAAGUCCUUUGAUGUAUGCAUUUGCUGUAUAAUGUUUUGCAUAUGUAAAAGCGAACAGGUGGGGCACUCUCAUCGGAAUUAAUCAAGGAUAAGAGCCUUAAACUAGUCAUGGCCGGUGGUCCAACAACAUCUGGAGGGCCACAGGUUCCCCACACUUCCCUUGGACUAAUACUGGUUACAUGUCUUAUAGUCACAAACUCCUUAAUGCUAUCUGAAAAUAAUGGCAAAGGAGUCAGUAACACACUGCCUUCUUCUCUGGCUUGGCAUCCGGGGGCCUUCAGGUGCUGCCCCUGUUCUGAUGGGUGGAGCGUUGACGUUUGAACUUCUGCCCUUCAGUUGCUUAGAUUGGAUAACUUAGAGGGGCUGCUUUGGCUUCAUCCAUCUGUCGAUAUCUAUCAGUCUGUCUCUCUAUCCCACUUUUUCUUCAAGGAGCUGAAGAUGGCAUGCAUGCCCCCCCCCUGUUUUAUCCUCAGAACAAUCUUGUGAGGUACAUUAGGGUGAGAGACAGAAGUUGGUCCAUGGUCACCCAGUGAUCUUAAUGGAUGAGUAGGGAUUUGUCCAACAACUGUACCACACUGGAUCUCUCUAGAUGUACACUACAAUUCUCUCUCUCUAUAUAUAUACGGUAUAUAUUCACAAUUGUGGAAUAUAACUUUAUAAUAACUGUUGCAUAUUAUAAUACGCAGUAUUUGCAGUAAAAGCAUAAAACGUACUUGCAGGGUUCUGCAAGGGUGAAAUAUAAAGUCUUUAAAUAAAAAUCUAUCCUACAAUUUAGUUGGACUAUAAUUUUAAAUGAAUUAGGUAGGAUUAAUGGGUAGGAUUCUUUUUUUUUUAAGAUAGCAAAGCUGUGAUGACCCUGCUUCUUUGCUUGGUUUGUUUGCUUUUAAUGGGAUAAUUAUAUUGCCACUCUCAUUCAGAGACAGCUUUGUGUGUUGGGACAUCACAUUUUGUUGCCUUUAGAAGCUAAACGAGUGAGCUGGGCUCUCUGUGUCUGCAAUAUCUUUGUUAUGACGCUUUGCUGCUAUCCAGGGAAGUGGCAGGUUUUCGGUACCAGGCAUUAAUAGCAACAGAUGCCUGGAGGGGAGAAUAGCUGGCAGAAGGAGACCAGCUGUUUGGUGUGACAGACAAAGUUGUGACAGAUCCUAGAGGUCAUCUGUGAUCUCUUCCUCGUCUCCUUAUAAAUAUAAAUGCAAUAUUUGUACCUGCAUAUGUAUAUUUGUUUCUAGACAGAGCCUAAUGCCCUCUGUGAUCUGUAUAGUCCGACACAGGGUUUACUUGCAGGUAGAAAUCCUUCACAGCAUUUCAACACCCCCAUCCUCUUGUGUCUAAAUUGAUGUGCAGUUGGUGUAAGGAGACACUGUUUCACCGUAGCUGAACCCUCUUGGGCAAGGACUGGAUUUGGCUUGAGGACUUGAUGAGCAUGGAAUAUAGAGCUUUGAAUGUGGAAAUAAAUCUCCCAUUACCCUUGUUAGCCUUUGAUGACUUUGCGGUCUGGAGAAUUGCUGCAUGGUGGUUGUUAUGCAAUGGUUUCCCUCUGUAUUCCAGGCUCUUACAAAAUGCUUAAGAGGAAGAAGCCCAUUUUAAGCACAGCUGAGUGAUCAGGUUGCUCCCAAGAGUCAAAAUACACUGUAGGAAUAUUAAUUUCGAAACCUCUACCUUAGUUACAGCGUUUGAUGUUGUCCAUUAACCAAACAGUCCAAGGGACAUUCAAAUAAUGUGGAUAUCCAUCUGUAUUCGUGCCAUUAUUUAAAAAUUCAAAGGAGAGAUUUGUAACCUCAUAUACUUUUACUCAGAAAAAGUACCAAAAUUCAAUUGCAUUUACUUCCAAUUGUUCACAGGAUUGCACCCUUGGACUCUUUUCAUCCUCUUUUAGAAACUCCGUACUCCAGUCAAAUAUGUGUCUCUUGAUCUGUGCAGAAAAUAAAAAGAGUAAAAAAGAUUGGGUCGUCUAGAGCGCCUUCUGAUCCUAGGCAUGCUUUUACCUCUUUACCCAGCAUGAAAUUAACUUAAUGGUAGUGUUGCCCAUCUAGCUUGGAUGGCUUUUUAAAAGGAUUAGACAAAUGUGUGGAAUCUCUAGCUGUCGUUACUUCUAACAGUGGUGGUUGAGUGACUAUUAAUUUGGAAGCAAAGCAGAGUUGCCCAAAAUACCGUAUUUUUCGCUCUAUAACACGCACCUGACCAUAACACGCACAUAGUUUUUAGAGGAGGAAAACAAGAAAAAAAAUAUUCUAAACGAAACAGUGGAUGUAUGAUUUUUGUGGUUCAUGCUGUGGCCACAGACAUGUGAUCUGACGGUGAGUUUGGGGUAGCCCAAUGCAAAAAUCUUGAGGAUCCAUGUGGAUCCAUGCUUUGUAACCACGUUUUUGUACCACUGCGGCCCCAGGCAACAGUGGGUGCGUGAUUUUUUUGGUGCAAGCUGUAGCCAUGGACAUGCUAUGUGAUCUGAUGGUGAAUUUGGGGUGACCCAGUGCAAAAAUCCUGAGGAUCCAUGUGGAUCCGUGCUUUGUAACCACGUUUUAAGUGGGGAGGGAAGGAAAAGCACUCAAGGGACAAGGAACACGCGUGGGGUGGGUGGAGAAGGAUGCUGUUAAUAAUGCAGAAGAGGGGUAUAAGAGGAGAAGGCUCCUCUCCUCUCCCGCUUUGCUCCUUUAAAGCAAGCAAGCUCUGCUUCUCUCCCGCCUCCCAGGCUCGCUGAAAAACUUUGCUGCUAUUUAGCGAGCUGAGUGGGGAGGAGAGAGGGACAGAGAGCCUGCUUGCUUUAAAGGAGCCAACCGGACAGGAGCCGCUUACACUUGUGUAAGCGACUCCUCUCCUCUCCCACUUUGCUCCUUUAAAGCAAGCAGGCUCUCUGUCCCUCUCUCCUCCCCACUCAGCGGCUCUUCUCCCGCUUUCCUGUUUCAAAGUGAGCCACGGAGGAGGGAAGGAAGGGGAACUAUGGAUCCUCUGCUCACGACUGCAGCAGAUCCCCCCGCCAUCCGUAGGCAUUUGCUCCAUAACACGCACAGACAUUCCCCCUUACUUUCUAGGAGAAAAAAAGUGAGUGUUAUGGUGCAAAAAAUACGGUAAGUUAGCAGUUUCUAUAAACACGGGGGACUUCCUAGGACUGCAAAUGUACACACAUUUGCGAAUUGAAAGAAGGAAGGGUGUUUUUUAAAAACCUGAAGAAACCAGCGAGCACCUGUGAACUUCCAAGCUGUAAAGAAUGUGGAGAUGUCACUUGGGGCGGCGGGGUGUGUGUGUGGAGGAAACUGAAGUGGUACAGUCUACUAGAUAUAGAUGUAGCAAGUACCCUAAAAGGGAAUAUUAGGGUUGAGGGCAGUUGUGCUGUGAGCUGAAAGGCUUCGCUCCCUGCAUAUUACUGGGGCAUUGCAUGAGGAAGCUCCCCAGAACCCUGCCUGCAGUGCUAUAUAGUUAUAACAUGCUAGGAUUUGGGGCUGACAUUCUCAAACCUGAGUCUUCUAAUGCUGGGGUUCUGCCUUAUACCAAGUCUAUUAUCCCAACUAUCUCAGUGUUGUCUGUUCUGACUGGCGUUAGCUCUCCGUGGUAUUUCACCUCAGCUGUGUUUAGCACAGCAGGGGAAAGUCUCAUGUGCAAAAGAGAAAAGGUUGCUUUUUCCUUUCCCCCUCCCCUUUCUGACAGCUCCCCCCCCCCAAAGAAAGCAUGAACAGGACUACAAGGCUCCUUUUGUAGCCUGGUUGGAGUCCUCAAGAGAAAUACUCCUCUUACAGAGUUGGGGAUACAUAGCAACAUUUUUAAAAGCAUUUUCUUGGACAUGUAAGCAUGCUGCUAUGGGCACAGCCACACCACACAUUUAAAUGAUAACAAUUUACUGUAGUCUGUUGAUUCCCCUAUUCAUCUCUUAGAGCUGCAAUUCCCAGAGUUCCCUUGGAAGAGAGAUUGAUUGUUAAGCCACUCUGAACUGUCACUCUCCGCCCCUUUAACCAACUCCAGCUUCCAGAAUUUUUGGGCGGAAGCCAUGACUGUCUAAAGUGUUCUCAUAGUGCUUUAAAGGUGUGAUGUGCAUGUGGUCAAAGUAGUCGAUUCAUCCUGUGGCUCUGCAUCUAGGAUGAAAAAAACAUCAUCUUAAAAUCAUUUGUCAUAUGGGUGGCAAAAACAGUUUUCUGGUUCAAAGUGGCCUUGUCUCCCCCAGCCCUCCUUCUCCCAGAGCUAAUUAAUUACAAAUUACUUAAUGGCUGUGGAAAGGCCAAGAGGCAGGUUUGUUUGUGCUAAUUUGUCCCCAGUGAUGGAUUUCUAGCCUGUGGCAGGCAGCCAAGUUCUGGUUUAAAAUAAUUUUUCAUGGAAAACACAUUGGGUUCUUCUUGCGUGCUCCUUAGGCAUCAUGGACUUAAAUAAACAUCUCGUUUGCUGACAGCAAAACAUUACUCCUGAGGUUGAAAGCCUGACUGGUGUGCAGCAGCUGCUGAAGUCAGGGUACAAAAGUCAUCUGCAGAAAUAAAGGGGGGGGCGGGAAAGGCAAGGAGGGAGUUGCAGUUUCUGUGAAUAGAACACAGAUAUUUCCAGUCAGGGUGCUAAUCUUGGUCUCCUGUCUGCGAUAUGCCAUAUUCUAUUUGCAGGGAGAGGAAGGAAGAUCAGGUACUUUGAGGGCUUAAACUUGGUACUUCAGAUCUGGCCUGCCAAGGUAAUGUGGAGCCAGAGUCCUCAUCCAACCUAGAAGGGAAUAGGGAUGUACAGGGCUGGCCUCUCCAGUCUGACAGAUGGUAUUAAACCUUUAGGUUUGCCAGGCCUGGUAUCAGUCACAGGAGUUUGGCUCUUGGCCCUUUCCUAGCUUGAGCCGCUGAUCUUGGAGGCCCUGAGCACAGGUCUAGAGACAAAUACAUCUGGUGGCAGAUCCAGGCUAGGCCCUGACAGGAAUGAGCAGGGCUCGAGCCGAAACGACAGCUGCUGCACCAUUACAGAUAUACACAGAGUCACAACACAGGGAUGUCAACUGAACUAUCCCAGGUUGAUAGGAUCAUAGAACUGUAGAGCUGGAAGGGACCACAAGGGUCAUAUAGUCCAACUCCCUGCAGUGCAGGAAUUUUUUGCUCAAUGUGGGGCUUGAACCUAUUAGCGUUGUUCCAGUUGUAGUUGCUGCAAUGCAAGCUUGGCCGUGGCUUUUCUUCCAACUUGUUAAACCCCAACAAAUCCCGGUUUCUACUUGGUAGCAGCUUUGUGCUUAUGCGUACUUUUCUUUCUUUUCCCUUUUGGCAUUUGCUUUCUCUUGCAUCUAGUAGGUUGAUCCUCAACACCAUGACAUUCACACUCAAAUGCAAGUGUGAUGAUUACACUAAGGACUUGUUUUCUGUGUGAAUUUUGGCCACCUCCUGAGAUACGUAAAGAAAGCAAACCUUUCAGGGAAGCCUCUUUGUUCAGUUUAAAAACUGAGCUGGUGUCCUGUUCUAAAGCUUCUUUCCACAGUUGAAAAAGUCCCUCUUUGUAUCGUGUAGUCACAAACAUUGCUUUUCUUACAAGUGUUUUCAUUUGGUGGGGAACAGAAAGCAUGAUGCUGUGCGUUCUUGUAUGCCAAUUGCCCUUAAGAACCCAACUGUUAACGCUGUGAAUGUUCUGUUUCUCCCAAGCUUGCAAUCAGAAGGACAACACUCAGCAAAUCCUUCACACCUGUGCUGGUAGGAAGUGCUCUGAAGAACAAAGGUGUGCAGCCUCUGUUGGACGCUGUUCUGGAAUACCUCCCAAACCCAUCCGAAGUCCAGAACUACGCGAUUUCCAACCAGGAGUAAGUACAGAAAGUGGAGGAAAACAGAUCUAGUCUGCACAGGCCUUAUUUUCCUGUGGAGGGAGGAAAUAUAUUUAUUUAUUUAUAAUGUGGCCACUAAGUACCCUAUACUACAGUUGAAGAUGAAAGGCAGUAUUUUGUAAGAUAAAGCCCACUUUGUCUGAGGCAUGCUUUCGUCUCCUAAGCUGGUGGGUACACCUGUUUGGCCUGUAGAUGGCAGACACAUCAAAAGCUGUAGGUCUUUUCUUGUUCUCAUCCCCAGUGAUUAAUCAGGCAUCUUUUAAAAAAGAAAGAACAGAAGGUGAUAUAAUAGAGGCAUUGUUGCUUGUGAUGUGGAUGCUCAUUCCACUGUUGUCUCUAGUAAACGAGCGUUGCUGGCUUUUGUAGUCCUUUAAAACCCUGGAAACUUCGUUUGAUUAGAGGUGACACUAGACAAAAGAAAUGGGCAUGUGUCUGUUAAACUACCUUCAGCUCUCUCUUUUUAUUAUUAUCAUUGUUAUUAUUUUAAAAACCCUUUUGACUGUCUCUACAGAAUCCAAUGCUGCAAGAUGCUUAGAGGCUGACUUAAGAUUUAUUUAUGUUUCAGUAAAAAAAACUAACUUCAAAAAUAGAGAGUAAAUAUAUGCAGCAAUUAUAGGAAAGGGAAAUGACACUUGAAGGUGGGAACGGGGCAACAUAACAGAAAACCGAUAGUACCAUGAAUAAAUUAAAAGGAAAAACAGCGUCAUUUACAUUGUCAUUCCAUAGCGCAGAAACAAGGCCCCUCUCUCAAUAAGUUUCUUUUCUUCAUUAUUAUGCAUUGUGUUUCUCUCGUAUGUAAGCUAUAACAUUAAGAGAGUUCACCAGAUUUCCCUUAUCCUGUUAUGGGAAUGUCUUUAUUUUUCCGUUUUUGUGAAAUACACUUGUUUUGCUGUAUGUUGGUGGUGCAGUAAUCAGCUGUAAAUCAGUAUUAACGACUUCAGAAUGAAGUUAUCUAAAGGAGAAUUUUAGGAUUUCUCGGGAGAUCAUAGCCUGUACUUGUCCGUAUAAUAUUUGGGUGCUUCUGUCCAGAAAUGCAUCGGGUUUUUUACAACUCCAAAAGAUAUGUAUUAAAUCUGCCUUAAUUCACUUACACCUCCAGCAGUGCACGUUUCUGCUAAAAAUCAAGCCUAAGAAUUCUUAGGAAGGAAUUUGGUGAGUUCAGAUUCUACAGCAGACACCUUGCCUGCACCUCCUUGGAUGUGCGAAUUGGGCAAGACUCCUGCCCGAUUCCCCAAUGUGCUGACCUGGGAGCUGACCCUUUGGGCUUCACUUUCAUGUACUAGUUACUUGGAAUCAGUUAGCCCAUGUGGAUCUGGCUGUGUGGGAUGAAAAUGUGUCUCCAGUUCCCCCUGGCAGCAACAGGACGUGAUGACAUGCAGUCACUCUCAGGGAGAUUGCAUGGCGAGUGGGGAAGCUGCUGGACCCAGGGGGACAAUCAUAAUUUCCCCCUUACUCUCUUUCUGAGAUCAAUGACAUAUUUUUUUGCCCAUCGCUUCCAGGGGGAAUUCCAGAACUCUUUAAAUCCAUGCAGCAGGAGUUAGCAUACAUUAGCUGCUCCAAGUAGCUAAAAUCUGCAAAGGAAGAAAGGAGAGGCAGCGCUUCGACCACAUCUUAAAUUUCCCUUUGCAGGGAAGGAUACACACACAAUCCAUGUGGAUUUUUAAGGGUUUUCCUUUAAAAACCUGCACAGAAACCAGGUAGGACUGAUUUGACUGGUAAAUACAAAAGGGACAUAAACCCAACUAAGGCUGUUCUUAGUAAUAAUUCUACAUCUGCCAUUGGUCUUCAGAGCUUGUUAAGGCUGCUCAUUAGAUCAUCCUUCAGAACAGAUCCCCACAACAAGAAUGGAUUGAGAAGUACCGUAGAAAUACUGCAUUUUAAACUUAACUUUUCUCUUCUUCAAGGGAUUCUAAGGAAAAAUCUAUGAUUUCGCUGAGCUCUGCCAGAGACAGUUCCUUGCCUUUUUUGGGCCUGGCAUUUAAACUUGAGGUAGGUCAAGUUUAAACUUUCUACAAAACUUUCUAACUAAGGACAACUGAGCUGAAACUUGUUGGGACAGAGCUGAUAGGGGCCGUUUGCUCCACACCUCAGCAUGUGUGUUGCGCUGAUUCCCUCUGCUUCUCCUAAAGUUUAGUCUCCCUCAAUUGACUGGCUGCUGUUUUCUGCCGCUUGCAGGCUGGGCGUUUUGGGCAGCUCACCUAUGUGCGCGUUUAUCAGGGGAUGCUGAAGAAAGGCGAUUCCAUCUACAAUACCAGGACUGGGAAGAAGGUUCGGGUGCCAAGACUGGUCCGCAUGCAUGCAGACACGAUGGAGGUGAAUAUCAAGGCAAAACCCAGUCUGUGAGGCAUUUUAUUCCACUUCAAUCCCUUUCCAUUCAGUGAAGAAAAUGUAAACAAAGGCAGGGGUUCCCGAACUGUGACUCUUGGGCGAGUUUCAGUCAGGUGGUUCCUAUCACGUCUGCAUUGAUCUUUAAAUUGUAUUUGUUCUUUUAUUUCUUAUGUUGUAUUCUGUCGUGUAACGAUUCAGAUUCUAUGGGAUGCAAAGUGUAAUGCAAGAAAAUGCAAUAUAAGAAAUAAAAGAAGCAAUAGAAAUACAUCUGCAAAGCAUACCGCAGCAAGCACAGCAUAUUACUGUCGCUGCAACAAGUAGAAUAGUCAUCAAGUCAUUCGCCAAGGCCACCUGCAAUUUUCAAGUGGUCCAUGAGGAAAAAAGGGUUUGGGAACCACUUCGCUACGGCAUUCUUUGUAUGCAAUCUGGGUCAAAGAGAAGGCAUUUCUAGUUAAAGGUGUUUCAGUUCCUUGCCUGUGCGGUGGGAUUUUAUUUGCAGAUAAAUGCUGCUCCUAAAAUUUGUUUCCUCUCCAAAAACAUCUAUAUGGUUUUCAGUUGAUACCCUGCUCGACUGUACAGCGCAAUACUGUUGCCAUCUCCUCCCUCAGUUUCGCCCUUGAUCCUGAGGACACCUCUCUGUAGCUGCUUUCUCCCAUGUCAAUUGAGAAGAAGUAUGAACAGCAGCAUUUCAUGCCUUAUGUAGUGUAGGCAGACAGGAUGUAGAAAAUGGAGAGAUGGAAAUACAGCUGUUGCUGUUCAGUGUCAUCAAGAGCCCUUUUAAAGUUUCUGUUCCCACUGGGAACAGAGUCUCAGCUACCAUGGGAGGGUGUAGCAAGAGCCCUUGCCACUGGCUCUCCAGCCUUCGCUGCUCCAUUCAAUACGUGGCCCUCUUUUGGAAAAACCAAACAGCUGCUGACCAAAGCUGCAAGCUCAGGAAGGCUUAUAUAGCAGGCACGUCCAACUUCCAAGAGACUGCAAUCUACUCCCACUAUCAGUAAACUGGCAGUGAUCUACCCAUUGGGUUGAACAGAGUUGUUGAGCUUGUUUUGGGGAGGAAUCACCAGAGUUGUUGAGCUUCUUGGGGGGAGGGUUCAGCAAGGGCGAUAGACCACAGUCACCCCACGAUCAACUGGUAGAUCGCAAUCGGCCUGUUGUACAUGCCUGUUAUAUAACAAUUAACAUUCUGCCAUAACUGCUCCCCUAUUUUAUCCACCCCUUGCCCCGAGAACCCCUUUUCUUCGCAAACGAAAAAUCGAAACAGUCCCAUGAUGUUAUAAAAUGUCUGCCUGGAGAAUCCCAAGUCGAUUUCUUCACACCCAGUUAGCUUUUAAACACCACGGCCCUAUAAAAACAGCUGGAAGUGGAUGGCUGCCCACUGAUCUUUCAACAGUAAGGCCAAAAUGGGCCAUUCUUCAAUUAUUCUUAAGGGCUAAAUUUGUCUCCAAGUUCAUCUUAGUAGUCUCAAAAGUUACCUUUCAAGUUGAUAGUAAAAACGCUUUUAGUCAAUUGGCUUUUGUUAUACUGGCAAUCAGUCGCCCCAUCCUCUCUGGGAACCACUCGUUCCUGAUCCUAGUAUCUUCCUCAUCUUCCACUCUUCCUCAUCUUUCUCUGGUUACUACUGUCUUGACAUGUUGGCUAAUCUAGCAGAAAAAAUGUGAUUAUCUAACUCCUGACAGGUAGCUUUACCAGUCAGCGUGAAUCAGACUUUGCUGCAUUUGUGAGUUUUCAGGAUCAGCGUGGCAUGAUCCCAUUUUACUGCCCCAGACAACAAAUGGGCAGUGGCACUGUACACCAAUUGCAGCUUUGGGGCUGUCUUCAAGUGAAGCCCUACGUAGUGUACAUUGCAGUAGCCCAGUCGGGAGCUUAUCAGAAACCUAGACUAUGGUAGCUAUAAUUUGUCAACCAGCUGGAACAAGGGCAUAGGUACUCCUUGCCACUGAAACACUGAGAGCCUCUAUUGGCAGCUUGGAAUCUAGGAGAACCCUGUUAUAAUCAGGGAUAGACUAUGCAUGCAGGUCUUACCACUGCUGUAGAAUGGUUGCACUCUUGCCUAAUACCAUAAAAAGCACCUAAAAUGCUAUUUUUUGUUUUGUUUCUGCUAGGAUGUGGAAGAAGUUUAUGCAGGAGACAUCUGUGCAUUAUUUGGCAUCGACUGUGCUAGUGGGGAUACAUUUUCAGAAAAAUCUAACACUGACCUUUCCAUGGUAAGUUCCUCCUCUGAAUUGAACUGUGUGUUCUUUUUAUAUUUCUUAAAAUCUCAAUUCAGAUGUUAUUCCUUAAUCUAAAUAUCCUCUGUACUAAAGAAACUUUUAUUUUUUUAAAAAAAGGUUUUAUUUUGAGUCUGCUUUUACAGCUAUUACAAUUAUUUUUUUAAAAAUACCUACAAGUACAAUCAGUUUAUGCAAGUGUCAGUUCUGCAUUCUGUUGAAAUGAAUGAGCAUGAUCAGCAAUGUAUCAUCCAGCCCUUCUAUGAAGAGUACAGCACAAUUCAGAUGUAGCAAUCUCAGUUUAAUAAGAUGAGUGCUAUGCCCGCUCCUGCUUCCUUCUUUCCUCCCUUCUCUUAAAUGCCAUAAUGAAAAAAUUCUGAUUUAUCCAUAACAUCCAAACAGGGAAACUGUCGUUUAAUUUCUGACCACAAACCAGGAUCUGAUCCCUUAUUAGGAAACUUUUGUUUUAACAAACCCCAUAAAUUUCGAGUCCUAGAAAGAAAGAGGAAGGCUGCUUGUGGGUUUGAGUGUUAAAAGUAAAGAUAAUUAUCUGGAAAGAUAAUUUUCAAGUGUUUCUAUAUUAACAAAUGCUUCUUUGGUUUCUGUGUUCCCUUUCAUAGGAAUCUAUUCAUGUCCCUGAUCCUGUCAUUUCAGUGGCAAUGAAGCCAUCAAACAAGGUAGGCACCGGAAGUCCAAACAAGGGUGAAUAGUAAAAGUUAUCUGGAAGGAAUGUUGUGAUCUGAUUUUUCUUGGAGGAAAAUGGUGAUGUUUCUGUUGCAUUUGGUUCUUGUGUUCAGGAGAAGCUGAGCCUUUGGUGUGGUGGUUCUCCUGGGGCUGAGUUCCAAUAGGCUUGAUGCCCUGGCAAUUAUGUGUGAUCAAUCCUAGUUGUGUAUUUACUUGUCAAUGCAGUACUGAGUGGAGCAGUCUCAAGUUUGUGAUGCUCUGAAGCCAACACGUUCCAUUGAUACCCUACAGUUUAUAGAAACCAUCUAGCUCAAUUUUUUAAUGGGAUUUUGUCCUGUAACCCCUGCACUUUUGACUAUCUUGUUAUAAUCAAUGAUGCGAAAGACAUGAAUUUACCCUUGUUUAUUUCCCCGCCCCCCUCUAGAAUGACUUGGAUAAGUUUUCAAAAGGCAUUAACCGCUUCACGAGGGAAGACCCCACUUUCAGAGUUCAUUUUGACAGCGAGAGCAAAGAGACCAUUGUUUCAGGAAUGGGAGAACUGCACCUGGAAAUCUAUGCACAGGUGAUUGUUACAAGAUUGCACUGGUAAAGUGUGCUGCCGAGUCUCACUUGGCAAAAGUAUUUGUUUAAUUCAGCAUUUAUAGUUUAGUUGUGCUCCCCAGCUUCCUAUCUGGCUAUGUAUAAAGUAUACAGUGCCGGUUGUAAUUCUUCAGUUGGGUCUGUGCUAGCAAUUUUUUGUGGUUCAUGCUCAUGAAGUAUAUAUAGAAGGUCAGAAAUCUUGCAUAUGUAUAGGAUGUGGACCAAAAAAUUACUCAAAAAACUCCAAAUCUGCUCUGGGUGGGUGGACUUCUUUCUAAGAAGCUCUAAUUAACUAGAGAGAUACUACAGCUGGAAAAUGUUGGCUUGACAUUUUCCCAGUGAUUGUAGGUAGCAUUCGGGAAUAAUUAGGUGAGAUUAUGCUUAGCGCUACCCAUUUGGCAACAGAUUUUAAUCAGUAUAUUUUUGUGUGUGCUGUUUCUACCUAGAGAAUGGAAAGAGAAUAUGGUUGUCCUUGUGAGACCGGGAAGCCUAAAGUAGCAUUCAGAGAGAGCAUUGUGGCAACUGUACCGUAAGUGUUCACUCUGGCAUGUGAGAGCCACCACACCGAGGCCACGAAAUAAUUUGCAUUGGUCCUUAUGCAUGUAGGGGUUUCUGAACCUGUGUAAGCCUAUUUUAUAGCCCUUCCUCCAGCUAAACGAAGUUGUUUUAAAGACAUCUGAGCAACCUCUAAUACAGUGGUACCUUGGUUCUCAAACUUAAUCCGUUUCGGGCAUCCAUUCAACUCCUGAAACCGUUUGAAAACCAAGCUGUGGCUUCCGAAUGGCUGCAGGAGCUUCCUACACUCAGUUGGAAGCUGCAUCGGACAUUCUGCUUCCAAAAAAUGUUCACAAACCAGAACACUGGUUUGCCGAUUUGUUUGACAACUAAGCCGUUCAGGAUCCAAGGUACCACUGUAGUAGGGUCAAAGUUGUGGCCGCUAAUCCUGUGCUGCACGUUUUGGCUGACGGCUAUUCCGUGUGACUUUAACUCCAUGCUGCGGGUUCCAUAAAACUUGCAUGUGCCAAGGAAUAAUCUCCUGUGGAUUACAAAAAAGAAAAAAAGCCCAAACGUUAGAACAGCCAGGGUAUUAGAGAAACCAGGGAACAGCGUUGUUAUCUCUGCAUAUCUGGAAAAUCACGUUCUUUUCCUAUCUAGUAACUUCGGGCCAGGUCACAUAUCAUUCCUCCUCCUCUUUCCAACUCUGGAAUUCUUAAUAAAGUGCAGUGACUCUCAUAGAGCAAGGCAAUCAAGAAUGUGGAUGGCAGGAAAAGGAGAGAAUUGUUUCAAUGAAAUAUUGCCAGGUAGUUCCUCCGCACCUUACUGUUUCAUGCAGUGUUGUUUCAAGGCUGACUUUUCAAACCUGUAAUAUAGGCAUGCUCUCUGCCCAAUUCAUGCACAUAGGGAACCAUGCAACCAGAAGUGUUCAAUAGACAGCAGCCUCGCUAGGUCACCAUCUACAAAUUUUGUUCUCAUGGUUGGGAAUAAGGUUUAUAUCAGAGGUUGGCAACCUUAUCUGAGGAUGGGCUGGUUGAUGCUCUGUCCGUCGGAGGAUGGGCCGGAGCACGUGUACAUGCAUACGCUUCCAGGUCGGAAGAGCACCCGUGCGCAUGCUCACAGGCGCCAUCAACCCGUGCUGGUGAGAGCCGGUGGCGGGGGAGAGCAGGGGUUGCCAUGAGCCGGUUAGACAAGCCUUGUGAGCCGCUACCGGCCCAUGGGCCUUAGGUUGCCAACCCCUGGCUUAUAUCCUCCUGUGGACUUCCUUUGUACUUCUGGCUUGGUAUUGCAUUCUUAUAUAACGAUUCUGGUUCCUGCACCUUAAUCUAAAUGAGAGAAGCCAGGGUGGGUAGGAGGGGGAGACACAAGCUCUGCAAUACAAGGCAUUUGUAGUACAUAAGAGGUGUCACUAGAUGAAAAGUGAUUUGUGUGCAGGUAUGUACAAUUGCAAUAUGGUGGAUCAACAAGUUUACAUAUCUGAUGUCAGAUUGGCUAAGAUUUGCCUUCCUGUGUAGCAUGCGCUUUUGCAUAGUUGGGGGAUCUAGAGUGAUUUGCUGAAUAGGCACCCACCCACGAGAUGGACGUGGGCAUUUUAUUCACUCCUGUUCUCUGCUUAUGGCACAGCUGGGGUUAAUCUGGGAGAGGGUCACAGUUUGAAUCCAAAGCCUUCCUCUGACAGAAGGAGCCUUCUAAUGACAGAACCUCUGGGUGGAAUUUCUGCUUGCUAUAUUGAACAAUCUCCCCCCUUCUCCCCACUGUGUGCUGUUUUGAGGGUUCUGACUGCCUAGAGCUGGUUUUUCUUGGAGUGCUCAGCUAGUAAAGUUAGGAAAAUGCAACUAAAGAGACAGGGUGCUUCAAGUUAGGAUAUAGUCAGGGCUGUCUGUGUUUGUGUCCUCCACACUUUAAAUAAAUAAAUGCAUACUGUAAUCUAGGUAAGGAGGGUUGGUUAAUCGGCCAGCCUAGCCUCUGCCUUUAGUGGAAGGCUGGCUUGUAGAAGUCGGGAAGUGAAGCUUUCGUGGUAGGAGUGAACUGAUGCUAAUUACUUCAGAUCAGAUUGCUGGUGAAUAGAAACCUGUAUCAGUGGGACAAAAGUUGCAACCUUAACAGGCAAUGCAAAUUCUGCACCAUGCAUUCUGUGACAUGUAUAGUUUAUGCACAUUUGCUUUUUUAAAAAUCUCAUUUGGUGGAAUCCUACACUUUUGCGAAGUCUGCUUAUAGAAUUGUAGAGUGGGAAGGGACCCCAAGGGUCAUCUAGUCCAAAAAACCCCUGCAAACUCCUUUGCCCAAUGGGUCUAUUCCUUACCUUUGGGAAUCUAACUUCUGAGAGUGCAGCAGGCACUGACAACACUCUUCCAGACUUAUAUUUGUGGCCAGAAAUAUCUUGAGUUUGUGUGUGCGUUUGUGUUUUAAAUGAAUACAGAUUCUGAGAAAGGUGAAUCCUGUUGCUCCGUAUCAUGGGUCUUAGUCCUGGUUCUGAAGCAAUGCCGAGACCUGUGCCUAACCAUGAAGGUUGGCAGUGCCUUGCUUUUCAGACUGUCUUUAUCCCAUGCUCUGCUGUACUCUGCAGACUGCACAGAAGCCUAGGGCUAGCCAAUGUUGUGUCCUCCCAGGUAUUAUUCAUCUACAAGUGCCAUCAUCCAUGGGAGUUGGGAGUCCCAUAUUAAAUGCAGGGCCCUCCAUUGGCUAUCCUGAUACAAGACAGUGAACAGCUCUGGGGCCCCUGAGUGCUCCUUCCUGUCCUAACAUCCUGAUACUGUGGUGAUCACUGUUCCAGGAUUGCUUUUUGCAGGAAAGGUCCUCUUCUCUCCCCCCGCCCCCUCCUUUAUUUGCUUUACAAUUCUGUUACUUACCUGGGAGACAAUAUCAUGGAUCAGAAUCACAUAGGAAAAUUCCAGGUAAUCAUCACUCCUUUUCUGCAACCAACAAAAGAGGGGGGAAACCAUACCCUGACUUUAGUAAGUACGGCUGCCACCCAUGUACAGCUAGCCACUUUCAAAUGUUCAAUGAGCGUGGAAACACUGAACCUGAACUAACAGGAGGAACUAGGUUUCCUUCCUUGCUUCCCUUUAACAUCCAGAAGGCAAAGACCCAUUAAUUUAAAACUCUGCCGUUCCUUAAUUCUGAAAAGGGAUUCUAUUCUUAUAAGAAGGAAUGCUCUCGUUUCCAUAAACAAUUUAAUGGGUUUAGAACUGACUCAUUGCUUGUUUUUGUCUUAGUAUUAAAUCACUAUGGAGACUCUGUGUACUUCUGGGUUCUUGUGACCUGAAAUCCUUUAGGGCUUGGUCAGGAGAGCUGAACAGAAGAGUUUCCCUUUAAAGAGGAAGUAAAAUGCACUGUUCCCUUAUAUACAGUCAUGGGAAAAAGAAUUCUGUGGUUUUCCAUAUCAGGAUAUACUGUAUUUUUUGCUCUAUAAGACUCACUUUUCCCCUCCUAAAAAGUAAGGGGAAAUGUGUGUGAGUCUUAUGGAGUGAAUGCAGGCUGCGCAGCUAUCCCAGAAGCCAGAACAGCAAGAGGGAUCACUGCUUUCGCUGCGCAGCGAUCCCUCUUGCUGUUCUGGCUUCUGGGAUUCAGAAUAUUUUUUUUCUUGUUUUCCUCCUCCAAAAACUAAGUGCGUCUUGUGGUCUGGUGCGUCUUAUAGAGCGAAAAAUACGGUAAUAACAGCAGGCCUUAAAAUUAGGUAAAUACAACCCCAGAGGAACACCCACACUUGACAUAUUACACCAUGUCCUGAUUUAUUUAACAAAAAUUAAGCCAAAAUGGAGAAGCAGGGUAUAAAUUAUGAUGAUGAUGAAUAUGUCAAGCUUUCUUAGGCAAGUAUACACUGAGAAUCCCAUGUGAAUCUCCACUUUGUGACUUCCUUAAAAAAAUACUUUCACUUUGCACUCCACAGUGAACUCUUCUUCCCAUAGGACAGACAACUUGUCAGACUCCCCUCUUUGAUCCAUUCACUUACCACUUGCUUGACACUUUGCACUUUUGCCAUUUUGUACCAAGUGUCUUCUGUCGAAUUCUGCCAUAUUACGUAACCACAGGCAACCCAGGCUAAGUGCCGAACAGGCUUCAUUUCUUCAGAGACAUUUCCGAAAUUGUCUGGCAACAGAAACAAAUAGCUUGAAUCGAACUGGGAAAGUAUUAAGCAUGUAUAGUUUGUUUUUUAAAAAAGUAAUUCCUAGACAUGAAUUGCAUUCUGUGCCAAUCCCCCUCCCCCAAAAAAAGUUCAUUAAAGAUGUCUCAACUUUGCACAAUCUGAAUACUCCACAUUUCAUCCAGAACUUGGAUUUCUGUUUGGCAACCAGCGGCAGAAAAAAAAAGCAGAGCUAAGUUUGGGAAUAACAGGAGUGCGUGAGUUGGCCCAUCCUGACUAGGAACCAUGGGCAAGGGACUCAUAGCCGCAGAAGGCAUGCAUUCAUUUGUUGGAAAUAAAGUCAUACCUCGGGUUACAGACGCUUCAAGUUGCGUUUUUUUCGGGUUACGGACCCGCCAAAACCUGGAAGUACCAGAACGGGUUACAUCCGGGUUUCAGUGGUCGUGCAUGCGCAGAAGCGUUAAAUCGCGCUUUGCGCAUGCACAGAAGCGCCGAAUCGCAACCCACACGUGCACAGACUCACCGCUGCGGGUUGCAAACGUGCAUCCCGCAUGGAUCAAGUUCCCAACCCAAGCGUCCACUGUAUGUGGGUACCGCAAACCUGUUUCCGUAUUUGUGGCUAUAGAGAGACCACACCUGCUUUACUGAAAAUGAAAGUGGUGGCUCUCCAAAUUCUGCGCCAGAGAUCUGUUGCACAUACUAAAUGUACUAUAACACGGCUCUGUGUAGUUUGCUACUUGUUGCAGACACAUUCCAGUCUCUGGCUGAUCAGCUCGCUUGAUCAUCUCAAGUCACCCAUUUACAUGACAACGAGCUGUAUAUUUUUGAGAACUUUAUUUGUAAUCUGAUACAGUAGCUGAAUCCCGUGAGUGGUCAUUCUGCUUUUACAUUGUUUAAGAUCUAGUUGCAGUUGCUUUAAAGCAGGAGCAGCCAACGUAGGAACUUCAGCUGGUCUACCAAGACUUUCUGUCUUGGCCCUUUGCUGCUUUCAUCCUAAGUGGGACUGGAGUAAAGAACUGGUCCUUGAGCCCCAUAUUCUUUGCCUGUACCUUAACUAAAGAAAAGCUGUUGGACAUGUAUUCAAGCACCCACUCCCUCCUAAUAGCAUGACAAAGAAAACAACAGCAUGCUCAGGGAACAAAACACCCUUUUCAGAAGGGAGCAAAAAAUCACAGUGGCCUAAUGUCUGAGCAUACUCCAUACGUAAUGGGGGGGGGGGGGGAGGAGUAGAGGAAACGGCUGGAUGGAAUCCAAAACAGAAGCAUGCCUGUUAGGAGGGAGGAGACGCUGCAACAUUUUGUUGCAGGCAACAUUUACCAAUUACUUCAAAACCUUAAGUUCAACACUGACACCUCAUUCAUAAAGGUAAUUUCAAGUUGCAUAUUUUUUUAAAUUUUAACCUGGAAGAUUUUGUGCCUCUAAUAGGUCUGGCAGGUUCUUGAGUCUGUUGUAAAACUUGUUGUCUGCUUCCUCUGUAUUUGUCCCGAACUCCCCUUCCACUGUAUAAUGCACUUCGGGAGCAACAUGUGGGUCGCCGUGAUGAUACAGGAUUUCAGCGGUGCAGUUCACAGGACUGCCCUGUUGGAGAAAUAAUCGGACAAGUUAAAAAACUUCAUUGGAAGGAGCUUGCUAUUCUAAUGAUAAACACAUUUUGCUUCACCCUUGUUUACCAAUAUCACCUAACCAAAAUAGCCAUCAUGACUAUUAGAAUAUCCAUAUCCUUCUCUUACCUAAAUCCUUGCUCAGAAUAAUUCUAUAUUGCUCUCUAUUCAAGAGAAGUGUUAUGUGUAUUAUCUCUCUUCCCCUUUUCUUCAGUUGCUCUGGUAUUGAACAUUGCAUCUCCCCCUGUUGUGGAAUCAUCCUAUAAUGCAGGGGUAGGGAACUUCAGGCCUAGAUCUUUCUGUUUUGCCAUCAGAACUCUCCUCGGGCAACACUUCUCAUCUUGCUUAACCCCCCCCCCCAAAAAAUGUGUUUUUGCCUGGCUCAAAUGUGUCUUUGAACUCUGAUAAUGCCUCUUGAUUGUCUGAACAGAGAGGGGUGUAUGUGAGUUUGUGUUGGAACUUUCCUAAUGUACAGGGGUAAAAUUUGCAUUCAUUGCUCCACCCACUUUUGCAUGUGGCCCUCAGAAGGUUGCCCAGGAGGGAUUGCGGCCCUUGGGGCAAAAAAGGUUCCCCACUCCCGCUGUGAUGGGUGAUUUGAGCUGCAGUGUGCUGUCUGCUCCUUGGUGAUGUGAACUGUUAUGCGAAAACAGCAGGAGCAUUUGUUUAGAUAUUCCAUCAGAGGGUAACAGAUCCAUUAGCAAGAUGUGCUUUUGUGUCAAUGCAACCCCAUUACUUCAAGGGGCAUAUAUGAAAAUGGUGGGUGGGGUGUCCAAGGUCAGGUACCAAUUUUUUUAAGGGUUAAAAUAAACUCUGUUUGAAAUUUUACAUUCUAGAAGCAACAAAUGCUUUUGCUACAAAUAAGUGGCUUGCAUGCAGUUCCUUAUUGUAAUGUGGUCGUGGGGCUCCCAUGUUGGCAGGGUGGUCUUUAAGGUCCCUUCCAAGUCUGUACAUCACUUGAUUUCUUACCCCUUUGAAGACUGAUGUGACAAAUGAGGUUCUGUUUGUAAUGGCUGAUUCAUACAUGCAGAGUGAUGAAUAUGAAUCUCUAAACCAGCAAUAGUCUCAGAUUUUCAUUUUGAGGUGAUAACCCAAAGUUCUGCCAGGAACCUGUCCCGCUUUUUCUUGCGUGUUGCAUGAAAGUUUUAGACUCCUGGCAGCAUCUUGAUAAAUGAAUUUAGGAUCAGGGUGCCCAGGGGGCUAUUGAAACCAGCCUAAGAAUGUGGUGUUGUCGACUUGUCCUAGAACCAGCCCUCUGCUUUUUGAAGUGGUUUCCAGGUGGUUUAUGGCAGGAGAAAUCUCAUUCAGGAACCAUACAGGCUGUGAUACAGUCUACUCUGUACCCUCUUGAGGUUUGCCAUAAAUGAAUCCCAACUAACAACAAACAAAGGAGCAGGACUUACUUUCUGAAGUUCUUCUUCCAUUGCAAACUUCAGGCGAUAUUUGUGCCCAACACCUGGAAUUUCCUGAGGUACAAAGAGAGUACAUGUUGUUUAUCUUACUUCGACUUCUGAGGACUUGCCAGGGACCCUAACAAUAUGAGGGUAUUCUUUAUGUAUUCAGUAUCCGUAUCAAAAACAAACAGUUAACUUGUUGUGGAAGCUAUGUUUUUUAAAGGCCAAGCAUGUUUAAAUCCCAUUGAUCUCAGUAGGUAAGCUUAACACUCCCUUGUUGAAAUCAGCAAGGUGUAAAAAAAUGCUUAACUUUAGCUAGUGCCCAGUGUUUAAAAGCAGUGUCCAGCUGCCUCGAAGUACCCCAUUAUUUAGAACAUUUGCUGAGAUGAAAGGUGGAUAAAAAGCAUCAUUAUACUUUGGAACCGAUGUAACAUGCUUAGGACGUGUUGAGAAUUCUUGUAUUGCAGUUAAGCGUCCUAAAGACACUUCUGGGGCAUUUUCUACCAGAUACGAUUGGGGGUGGGGUUCUGCAGGUGUGUGCCUGUUUCGGAAAGGUUAGCACUCUUAUUUGUGGACAGCAAACAGUUGCCAGGAUCAACCAGGCUUUCUAUUUGUUUUUAGUGCAACUGGUUCUGCAGCUUUAUAAUGCAGCAGUGAUAGAUUCUCCCUCCCUUUCCCCCUCCGCCCAUGGGAGAGACUGGCAUUAGAGUGAAGCUUGAAACAAGAAGGGUUAAGGCAACCAGUUUACUCCGCCUUGAAUAGGCGAGAUAACUCUGUGGACUUCGUUUUUUACCGAUCGAUGGGGCAGGUGGUUUGCCGCUGCUGGACCACGUGGCGCACAAAGGGAGGAGAAAGCUAUAGCAACAGCUGUUGUCGUUGCCGAUCAUGGCGAUCGCUUUGUGCGCCUUGUGGAAAAGAAAGUGUCGCUUCUCGCGGGCCUGGAUGAGCCCCGCUCGCCUGGAUUAAAAAGUAGCAGAGAUGGGGAAGAGGGUGUUGUGCGCGCGCUUGCUACCUCUGCAGUGAUUGGCGUCUUCAGCCUCGAACCCUUUUAGGAAUCAAGCUGUGCAGAGAAGUUGUUCAGAGGAGGAGAAAGCAGCGGAGACUCUGCAAGCGCCUUUUUAUUUAGGAGCCCCGAUGCUUUGCAGAUGGACUUGCAAGCAGGUCCCGCCACGUUAAACGGGCCUUUCUUCCAAAUUAAAUCUGGGGAGCGCGACUUUUGCUGCAGCCUUUUGCAGCAGCGAAACCAAGGAAGAGCGCUGCGGUAGCAUUUAGGGUGCCAUAAGGCUUGCUGGGUGUGUUUUGGGUUUUUGGUUUCCCAGGGAAGCGUGCGCGCCGGAAAGCAGCGCCUCCGCGCCCGCGCCUUCCCAUCCCCGGCCCCGCUUACCUCUCGGCUGGCUUGGCGCACUUCCCGCACGCCGAAGAUCUUGCUGGGGCUGCCGUGCUGGUAGUUGAUGUAGUUCUCGACCACGCCGGCGGCUCGCUUGGCCGGGUAGUGCGACGGGGGGAUCUCCAUGGGGCCGGCUCCGGGGCGCGCGGAGGCUCGCUCGGAGAGGCCUCGGCGACGCUCGCUCUUCCCUGGUGGAGCGGGAAGGGGGGCCCGGCGGUGGGGCUGGGCCUCGGCCUGGGCGGUGGCUGCAGCCGCCGCCGCCGCGCACAAUGGGGUUUCUUGCGCCGCCGGCGGGAGAGAACCAGGAAGCGGCGGCGGCGGCAGCAGGAGGAGGAGGAGGAGGAAGAGGGCGAGCCGAGCGGGGGCUGCUGGGGCGCAGAGGCGCAACAUCUGCCCGCCCGGGCUCCCCAUCUGGGCCGGGGGUGGAUCUUGCGCGGCGAAGCUAGAAGGAAGAGAGUCGAGAUGGGGGCGCUUGGAAAUGAACCAUUAGGUCAAAAUUCCAAAGAUCCGUGUAUAUAUUGGGCUGCUCAGGACAAACAGGACGACCCGUGCAUGUUUACUUGGGAGUUCAUGGGAUUCCCGGGACCGCAGCCAAGGAUUUUGGCAGAGGUCGAGAAUGACGUCCGAAUAAAACCCCGCUGAAAUCAAGAGGAAUCCUUCGUAAUUGCGCAGCUUCAAAAACACGAUGCUUCCCAGGGAGCAAGUACGUGUGUUUAGGACUGGGAUGAAGGUGAUUUACUUCGGCAAAAGCUUGCAACCUGCUUCUUCCGAUGCCGUAUGGAGCAUCACCAUCCCCUUUUGUGCCUCUAGAUGGCUUCCCAUCUGGAAUAUGAACUCGGCAGCCGAAGUGUUCUGAAAUGAGAAAUAUCCAUAGAGUUUGGGGCAGCUGUGGGGUGACAGGCUUAAAAAGCAAACAAACUAGGUUUAUUAAUCUUUGUAAGAAUACAAAAGGAACACACUGCUUCAGCCCUGUAAAGAGUUAAUUACAAAGGAAGCUGGAGAACCAAUAUAAGUAAAAUAAUGAUAUUAAGUAACAGACUGUAAUACAGUAGUACCUCGGGUUAUAUACGCUUCAGGUUACAGACUCUUCUAACCCAGAAAUAGUACCUCAGGUUAAGAACUUUGCUUCAGGAUGAGAACAGAAAUCGUGCUCCGGCGGCGCAGCAGCAGCAGGAGGCCCCAUUAGCUAAAGUGGUGCUUCAGGUUAAGAACAGUUUCAGGUUAAGAACAGACCUCCAGAACGAAUUAAGUACUUAACCUGAGGUACCACUGUACUGGACAGUUUAUUUCUCUAUUCCUACCAUGGAAGGUGGGGAUGCGGGUGGUGCUGUGGGUUAAACCACAGAGCCUAGGACUUGCCGAUCAGAAGGUCGGCGGUUCGAAUCCCCGCAACGGGGUGAGCUCCCGUUGCUCGGUCCCUAGCAGUUCGUAAGCACCUAGCAGUUCGAAAGCACAUCAAAGUGCAAGUAGAUAAAUAGGUACCACUCUGGCGGGAAGGCAAACAGCGUUUCCGUGCACUGCUCUGGUUCGUCAGAAGCGGCUUAGUCAUGCCAGCCACGUGACCCGGAAGCUGUAUGCUGGCUCCCUCGGCCAGUAAAGCGAGAUGAGCGCCGCAACCCCAGAGGCCACGACUGGACCUAAUGGUCGGGGUCCCUUUAUCUUUACCUUACCAUGGAAGGCUUUACAAAACUAAAUAAAUACAUCACACACCACUGUAGUUUGAAAGAGCAUGAACUUUGGGCUUUGUUUUUUCCCUUUUUUGGGGGCGGAAGAGGACAUUGCUGCCAAAUUGCUACAGUGAUAAAGUCCUGAACUUCUGCUGUGUUUCCUAUAAAGGGCUGUUGUUGUUACCACUGGAAGUAGAAAAGGUUGUGCUGUCAAAAAUAACCAGCAAAUGCAGUCUGCACACAAAGGAACUAGUCUAGUACUUUCUCUAUUUGUUUUUUAUAUACAAUGGUACCUUGGGUUGCAAAUGCUUCGGGUUACAAACUCCGCUAACCCGGAAGUAGUUUCUCUGAGUUGCGAACUUUGCCCCAGGAUGGGAACAGAAAUCGUGCGCUGGCGGCAUGGCAGCAGCGGAAGGCCCCAUUAGCGAAAGCGCACCUCAGGUUAAGAACGGUUUUGGGUUAAGAACAGACCUCUGGAACAAGUUGAGUUUGUAGCCUGAGGGACCACUGUAUAUAGGUCAGGCCACCCCACCCCAUAGAGUUCUUUGAGCAGCUCAGAAAAUCAUACAAAUAUGCAACAAUACAAUAAAAAAUUCUGGAAAGUUAAAUGCAGCAUUAUCAUCUCAUUUUCAACAGUGAACAGAUGCUGAUCCUGAUUAGCAAUCAUUUUUGUUUUAGCUGCUGGCCCUAGCCAAUAGGACAUCUUUGCAGUGCAAUCUUAACCAUGUCUAUUCAGAAAUAAAUCCCAUUUACUUCAACAGGGCUUAUUCCCAGAUAAAUGGGGUUAGGAUUGCAGCUUUACUAGGACAUAAUGGAGAUGGUCUGGCAGCACCACUCAGGACCCAUAGAAAAUGCACUCCUCUUUUUCUCUCACACAGGAGGGAGCGAUGCUGAUAGCAAGAGGGUGCCUGCUAAAAUAUGUGCAUGCCUCAUCGGAUACAACCACAAAUAAGGUUUUCUUCCCACAACUAUUCUUUAUUUCAGGAUGAAGUCUGCAUAAAUUAGCAUAAAUUAAUACUCAUUUGACUAAGUAAGGUACAAAAACACACUUCAGCCAAAACACCUCAUUUGCAGUGACAGCAAAGUGGGAGAGGGCGCUCAGUCCCAGCUGUUUGGAUGUUCUAGAGGUCAGCCAGGGCUUCAAAAGAAGCGCCAAUCAUAUCAGCUGGAAAAUUGCUUGUGUCCCCUUCACUCGAUGCCAAGAAAGGGGUACCAGUGUGGUGUAGUGGUUAAGAGCGGUGGACUCGUAAUCUGGUGAACCGGGUUCGCGUCUCCGCUCCUCCACAUGCAGCUGCUGGGUGACCUUGGGCUACUCACACUUCUCUGAAGUCUUUCAGCCCCACUCACCUCACAGAGUGUUUGUUGUGGGGGAGGAAGGGAAAGGAGAUUGUUAGCCACUUUGAGACUCCUUAGGGCAGUGAUAAAAGUGGGAUAGCAAAUCUAAACCACCACCACCUUCCUCCUCCUCUUCUUCUUCUUCUUCUUCUUCUUCUUCUUCCUUUCAUAUCUUUGGCUGUCACCUGCAGCAGCAAAGUGUUCUGGGCUGGCCUUCCUCUCAAGACUCUUUUCUAAAAUGCAGCAGAACUUGGAGACUGAGCAUUCAACUGGGCCAGAGAGUAAUUUACCAUCCUGUCCCAAUAAGAUGCAUGUUCCUGUGCCAAAUCAGAGUGCAGAGGGACUGAUUUUAGACAGGCUGAGUCACCAUGGCAGCGUAAGGCCCUUUGCUUUGAAGAGCAGAGAUAGUGGACUGGCCACUUAUUCUGCAUGCCAAUUCCAACUUGUGCUAGGUUUCGAACGGGGGAAAUGUCAGUAUGAACAGGACUCUCACAUGGAGCCUCCCAGUUGCUGCUUCCAUAACUGGAGAGGCUCCAAAAAAUACCACCAUGGAAAUGGUCUGGAUGUAGAGGGAGGAGGAAUCUUUCUCAACCCAAGGUCUACACUCCCUUCUGGGUCAGCCUUCCAGGGGGGGUCACAUGCCAGUGCGGGCAAAAUAAUGAAUAUGAAUUUUGCUAUAGUACUGUAUGUUAGUUUUGAUAUACACUUGCAGACCUGAUCUUUCCGGCUUUGAGGCAGGCAAGCAAGAAGCAUUACCAGAGUUCAAGGACAUAUUCCAGCCAGGCACAAACGCUCAAGGGAGGCGUGAAGCAAGGCCAAUGGGGAGUGUUGCGGAGGAGAGACAGGUCUGGGGUUUCUCAUCCCUGCUGUAGAAGCUUGUUUGGGUUGUGGUUCCUCCAUACAGUCCUCUACAAGAGAUUAUAUGGGGACGGGGAAGUUCUGGCUAUUUGUUAGGUGGGAGCCAGCACCCAGGUGAGAACGUAGGAUUUGAGCUAUGCAUGUGUGCUGAGCAAAAUGAAUAGGCAUUGCUUCCCUUCCUUCCUUUUUGCUGAGUUUAUGUCUUUUCACAGGUUCGACUUCACUCAUAAAAGGCAGUCUGGUGGAGCAGGCCAGUAUGGCAAAGUGAUAGGCUAUUUAGAGCCUCUGGAGGAAGAAGACUACACCAAGGUGGAAUUCGUUGACAAGACGGUCGGAACGAAUAUCCCAAAGCAGUUUGUGCCAGCCAUUGAAAAGGUGAGGUCUGCCUCACCCCCCCUCCCCGGUCAAUGCAGUUUUGACAGGAUCCCAAGCGCGCGAUGGGCAUCUUCUCAAGAAACAGGUUGGCUGUGAAGCCAAAUGAGAUCCAAGCAGGAAAAUGGUAAAAGCAAGACACAAGGGAAUGAAAACAAGAAUUCAAAAGUACACACACAGGCAUCCACACACCAGAAAAUCUUGCUAGGUAAUAACGAAGAAAGAUCACUCCUAUGCAUUAAAGAUACGUUCUUAUUCUUAAUGCAUAGGUGAUUGCAAGCUAGUCUGGUUGACACUGGAUUUCUGGUAUAUCUUUCUUGGGCCUUCAAGGAGACAGCAAGCUCCUUUGGUUCUGCCUCCUGCUUGCAUCUCUGUGGAAAACAUGCUUUAAAUGCCCUCGGGCCCUUUGACUGUCUUUCCUAAGUGCAUUCCCUAAAUAGGCUGGUCCAUUGCAUUCUGCUUAGCUUUUGCCAUCACCGUAUAAUAAAUGCCUGCAGUUCGUCCAUGUUGACUUGCUCUUGUGAAAGUGGUGAAGGAGGCAGAGAGGGAUUCUUUCUUUUGAAAACAAGAGAGACUGUAUCUUCUACCUUUUGGUAAGGUUACUGUUUCAUUUUCUGGUAAGAUACCCUUCAAAUCUGUUUCAUAUCCUACUUCUAUAGGCUGAAAUUUGGAGCAGGGUUCUAGGUGUGCUAAGAGACCAUGGUUUUGAGCUAGCAUUGUAGGUACAGAGGCUGUUUGUGGGUGAGUGUGCAUGCAGGAGAGAAAGUGGAUGUGGAAUUGUGGGUAAUGAGUGAGUAGAAUCUUAUUUUAUGGGUUUUUGAUGUUUUGUCUUUUUUAUAUGCAGCAUUUUAGUUCGAUUAAGUUCCUCUUGCAGUCUUUUUUUUUUUUAAUGAAUGUGGUAUAUAAGCACUGAAAUAACAAAUUAGAAAUCAACCAUAGUAAAUGUUGGUGUACCUGUAAUGCUAGUUCAUCAAUCACUUUGGUUUCGAGUUUGCUCUGCGCAGGAGAGAGAAAAGGGGGAGGGAGUGUGUUUUCCGGGCUGUCCCUUGAGUUGGAAACCAUUGUUUGCGGAGAACUAUUAACAUACCAGUUUUGUUGCUCCUUUUCCUUUCAAGUCGGGCAUGGUCAUUUUGGCUGCAAAGGCCUAUUUGUCUACACGUUUCCUCCAGCCAUCUGCAUGUCAAAGGACUUGCCACCGUUUGAACUGAAGUCGCUAACGCUGGGGCUAUUCUUUUAUAGGGGUUCCUUGAGGCGUGCGAAAAAGGCCCUUUGAUGGCUCACAAGGUUUCCGGGAUACGGUUCGUCUUAGAGGACGGUGCGAGUCACAUGGUGGACUCCAACGAAAUCGCUUUCAUCCGAGCUGGUGAAGGAGCCUUGAAACAAGGUACUGCUUCAGAGAUGGGGCGCUUCCAACCUUAACCACAUAGCUAUUCUUUAUUUCCAUUUCCCCCCUGCAGUUUAUCCAGAAUAGUUUUGUGAAUAGUGCAGUUGCGGCUAUACAGUUCGCCACUUUUGUGUCUAGCUCUGGCGUUUUCUGCAUCAACUUUAAGCUUAUUUUCCUCCUUUCAUUUUAAAGCUGUCCACUUCUGCCCAAUUUACAACUCUUCUUCUUUCUGAGGAAGCUCAUUGAUCUGUAUAUGCAUACCUGCAUAUUUCAUGUUUUCUCCCAUGUUGUUUCUCAUUUCGGGAACACCUUUUCCUUCUCCCCGUUUGGCCUCACUGCUAUUAAGGUCAAACGUGACUGUCUCUCCAUCGCAUCGCCUUCUUUUCCUUGCCAUAGUUAAUGCCAAUGUUUCCUGCUGCUACUCUUUCCCUUGAUAAUGUGUGUGCAUCUGCUAACUCAAUAUAAUAUAUGUAUGGAAUAAAGCAUUUGCAAUAAUCAGUUUAUUGGACUUCAAUGUGCCACCAGACUUGUUGCUGUCUUUCCGCUUACUCCUCUGCGUUAUACUUAGACUAUAGGUCUCCUGAACACCAAACACAUUUCAUCUCUGUUCUGUUCAGUACUUAGUUGUGUUAUUAGCACUAAAUACACAUUCGUUAGUGGUUCAUUUUAUUUUUUAAUUAAAUUUGUAUACCGCCCUUCAUUCAAAAGUCACAGAGCGGUUCAUUACGAAUGAGUACAUGGAAGACGGCUUUUUGUUCAAAAUUGAGACCUGGCUGUUAGAUACUGUAUUAGAAACAAAUGCAGGCCUGAUAUUAACUUGUAUCUGUGUGCAAUAUUUUUUCUUGAACAUAUACAAAUUACCUGGCAUUCUGUAUCCACCAGUGGAGAUAGCCCAGGGAUUUGUCACUGAUGAAUUUGUCCCUGUUCUGAUCCCAUCGUGCAUUCGUCAGGGAUUAUGUUGCCUCUGAAGAUGGAUGUUCUCUGUAUAUAAUAUGGCUAAUAGUCAUGCAUUUUGAUAAGCAGUUAAUUAAACCAGUUUUUUUCUUAAUCGAUUUACUCAGUUCCUUUGGUCUGUUUAGGUGACUCCGAAAACUUUGCAAAAGUAAUCCUUGUUGCACUCAAUACCAACACUCAUUCUAAUAUUGUUAGGUGAUAUAUUUUGACAUGCCCAAGCAGUUCUGCUGUUUGCAGAUGUUUAAUGUCUCUGUGUGCAUUUAUCUGUUGCUUUUUCAUUUUAAAAUAAUGGGGGAAAUGUAUAGAUAAAAAUUAAGAAAUGACAUACGAAGGUAAGUGUUCUAACAUAUUUUCUUUUGGAUCCAGCUUUGGAAAAUGCAACCAUGUGUAUUCUCGAGCCCAUUAUGUCUGUGGAAGUUGUGGCACCCAACGAAUUCCAAGGAGAAGUGAUUGCUGGAGUCAAUCGCCGCCAUGGCAUCAUCACAGGACAGGACGGGGCUGAAGGCUAUUUCACUCUCUACGCUAACGUAGGUUCUGUUGAGCUUGCUCAACUAUUCUUGCUUUACGACUGAAUCCAGGGGAACCUAACCAUAUUUUUGAAAGCACUGCUUAGGACUCAGAACUAGGAGGAUUUGCCCAGAGGCCUCUUUGUUGCUGCUUUGCAAAUCUCUGCAACUGUCUUUCCUCUGUCAUCAGUGCUCCCAGGUGCAGAGGAGGAGGAAAAGAAGCAUCCUGGGGACACACCAGAGGCAGAUAAGGAGAGGCUUUGGAUGCAGCCCUGGAAUGGGGAGAAAAAAACCUGCCUGGAGCUGGCAAACCCCUUUCCUCCCUAACUCUCCUUUCCACCCAACUGGCUAGCCCAUAACACAAUAUAUUAAGAAUUCCUCUCUGCUCAGUUAAUGUUUAUCUGUUGGGUGAGCUAUAAUCAGUGUCAUGGUUCUUUAUGGUAAAAUAAAAUGAAAAAAUCCAAAUGUUGUUAACCAGUUCAGACACAAAUCAGUUUAUUAAAUGGAUAGUUACUUUUGGACCCCUUUUGUGCUUGUGUCCUAGUUAAUUUCAGCCAGUUUAUAAUGGUAUUUGAAUGAGUUUCUCACUACUUCCAAACAAAAAAAUCCCUGUGGCUUAAUUCCUCCCCCCUUAACUAACCAGGAUAUGACUUUAUAUUCUACAUAGUAAGCUAAGAUAAAGGAUCACUGUUUCCCAUUCCAAAUGUAACAGAAAACUGUGGUUAAAAGCAAGCUGGGUUAUUAUCGGUGCUAAAACCAGCAUGCAGGAAGAGAGGUUAGCGGAGAACUUGUGGAUCCAGUGCCCAUUCUCAGCUUUAAUAAAGCAGCUUUUAUUAAGCAGAGUCAUUUACGUUUGAGCUAGCCCUGUGCAAAGUAUAUGUGUGUGCACUUAGCCUACUGUGUUUCCCAAACUCUGGGUUUGUAAUUCCGAGGAACGUGCUUGGAGUGAGAGAGAUGAUCGAAAUUGGGUUUAGGUAGCCCUAGUCUAGCGCCUUGUUCUUGCAGCAGUCAACCCGCAGCUCAGACUAGCAGAGGGAGCAGAGUUUCACUCAUGGGACCUCUGAAUGUGGCUUGGAUGCAAUGUAGAUUUCCUUAAAUAUGAAAUAAUCUCCUUCCCACCAAAAUCUGUAUCACAUGCAUUCUCCAUUUGCCAUCAGGUGCCGUUGAAUAAUAUGUUUGGAUAUUCUAACGAACUGAGGUCGUGCACAGAGGUAAGUGAAUAUAUAAUUUCUGAGCUUAUUUUUUAGAACAAACAAAACAAAACAAAACAAAACAAAACAAAACAAAACUCUCUCUUGCAGAAAGCAUUGUUGGCUUUUACUGUUUUUGGUGUUGUAGCCACAUCCCUACUGCAGCGCGCUAAAGGUCCUUUGCGAGGAUGGCGCUGUAGCCUUGGGCUACAGUGUUUGGCUGAGUUUUCUUAGCAUCACAGAGCACCAAGGCAAGCAGCUCUAGAGAAUGCGGGGUAGACUAAGUCUGGGAAGGAGACUGAAGGGGGAAGGCAAAGAAUGUCUGGGAAAGCAAUUCUGAGAAAGGAGGAGAAGAGGAAGAGACCAACGGAAUCAAGAGAGGGGAAGGAAAAUGGUGGAAGCAGCGGGAGAAAAUGUGAAGAAAGAAAAGGUGCAGAUGGGAAAGAAGCACAGAGGAAAGGGGGGUCUGAAGUGCUCAUGCUGCAGGUUUGGAAUAAACCACCAGAUGUUAGAUUGCAGCUGCAUAUCAAGAAAAUGACAAUGUUUGUGACACAUGAUAGGAGUAAGCCAACCACUACCUAUGUUACAUUUUCUGUCUGGAGGCUUUCUUAAUCCAUUAUAAUUAGCAACCCCCCCCCCAUGUGUUCAAUCCUUAUCCCUCUUAACAUAAGGUUACCAGAUUUUUUUCCAAUGAAUCCGGGGACACUUUUCAACUUCAAUGGAUUUUGUAUGGGGACUGAUUUGUAAAUCCGGGGACAGUCCCCGGGAAACGGGGAUGCCUGGUAACCUUAUGUUAACAUUGUCCUGCAUGUUUAUCUUCCUGGUUUUAAACUGAGAUGCUCUGAAGCUGACAGUGCCCUUGCUGCCUUUUAUCGCCAGUAACUACGUCCUGAUCAGCACUGGUUUGUAAGCUCAGGCGCCUGCUCAAGGGGCAGUUGACGGUUGCCGUGCCACUUCUGCAUUUACUGGGUUUAGUUUCACGUGUUACAUGGAAACGAUGUCACGUUUUGCGUGAUGUAUAGAGUUGAGAAUUUUUUUAAUUUGUCCGUAAUGUGGAGGUUCUCUUGUCUGCAGGGAAAAGGCGAAUACACAAUGGAAUACGUCAAAUACCAGCCCUGCUUAUCCAGUACCCAGGAAGAAUUAGUUAACAGAUACCUAGAAGCAACAGGGCAACUUCCUGUGAAAAAGGGCAAGGCAAAGAGCUGAUUCCCUGCAUGUGAGCUGAUCGUGAGGACCUGCCACCAAACAUCUACUGCCGCUAAGCUCUAUUGAUUUAAUGACUCUUUAAUAUUCAGAGCAGACUUCAUCCUGGAUUGAUACAUCGACUUUAUUAAGUCACUAAAGACUGUUGCUGAAAUGUUCACAUAGAAAUUCCAUUAAUUAGUCACUGUCUUAAUUUAAUAAAAUGUCUUUAGCUUUACUUUAAAAAUUAUAUUGACUGCACAUGUUCUAUUUAUCCUCCCAUGUGAGCCCCAUGAUAGACAAUGCCAGCUGUCCUGUUGCAGAGAUACAUGAUAUUUUUUAAAUACGCUUGUCUUGAUAAAAGAAUUUAGAAAGGUAUAUAUAUCUCCAGCUAAAACUGAAGUAGAUAAUUACAAGAUUGCUGGAGGCAGGUCAGUCUUUAGGAGCAACUUUAUCAUGCAUCUCAGAAAGUGUCCCAUGAAAAGCAGUUCAUAAUUUUAAUCAGUUUUCAUUUUCCCUGCAUAUUCAGUAUCUUCUCCCUGCUACACAGAAUAAUUUUGAAAUUGACCAAUAAGACAGCAUACACAAAAUGUACCGGUAUUCAUUUUAUUGGAGAUGUUAAAAGUUAGCAUCAACUGUUUUAUUUUCAAAACUUAAAAUAUUUUAUCAAAUAUUUAUUUAAAAUGGCAGUUUUAAGAAACUUAAAAGACAUUUGUUUAUAUAUUAAAUUUGUCUCAUACAAAGUUACCUCCUACCCGAAACUUGGUGACAAAUCAGUAGUUUUUACAUAUAUUCUUUUCUUUUAAAAAAAGUUUUCAGAAGUUUAGCAAAAAUAUUUUUUUUCUUUUCAGAAAUUACAAAGAAAAGAGGAUAUUUAUGGUAGCUCAGAAGUGACUAGUGCAAAGCUUUGAAAUAUGCGGUAACAAUUUAUAUAGAAGAAUCACAACAGUGGUUUUGGAAUAUUAAUGGAAGGUCAUCUACACCUUUGCAAAAAAAUGUUUACAGCUUUAUAAUGCAGGCGUUCUUCCUACUUAAAAAUUACUUUCAUCAUAUUUAAGUAUGACCCCAUUAGCAGAUCCCUCUUCCACCCCAGAACCAUCUGCAGAUUCUGAAGAGUCGUCCUCUGAAGAGCAGUCAUAUUUCACUCGUGCCGUCAAGCCAGGUCUCCAGGCAACACGGACGUGGCAGGAAAAGUUCUAGAGAAACAUGCAAAAGUAAUCAGUAUUUAUGUAGCACUGUUGAGUGCUUGAAUGCCCAAUUCUACACUUAAAUACUCUGAAGUCUUAUAUUCAUUUAUUUACUUAGAUCCCACCUCCCCCCCCC